GCCUUGUCAAGUUCGUCACAGACUCGUCAGGGGCCUUGUCGGGCCUUGUCCUUUCCCGGCUCCAGGCGCCGACCUCCUCGCCGACCAUCCAGCUCCGGUCCUGCUCCGGUCCUGCCACAGCCCGGCGUCCCAUCCAUAUAACCAGUCCGUCGAUCGCUCGGCCAUCGUCCAUCUCUGUCCUCUCUUCCGUCCCGUCCCGUCUUGCCUCUGUUCUUCUCCCUCUCCGUCUUCCCCGCCUCCCAACCGAGCUGCGACCACCACCGCCUCUCUGCCAUGCCCUCGAAUCUGGAUCAGUUCCUCGUCCUGGCCACACAACGGCUCCGCCCAGUUUCGCUGCGUGCCCUCUACAGCAUCGGCAACGGCUGUCUCGGCCGCAACUCGCUCCAAGUUGCCUCGCAGUUCCUGCAUGAGGAGCUGCCAGCUCGGUUCAUGGAGUCCCUCAGGAUGCUCGCGCACCCAUCCACACCCGCAUACAUCUCGAACCUGCCCUCCGUCCACGACAUGUCCGAGCGCAUCGUUGGCGACCUCUCGGCCCUGCUUGAGACCCCCAGGCCUGUCUCGCCGCGCGACGAUGCCUCCUUUACCGACCUGAUCCGGGCGCUCCAACAGAACCAUGCCCAGACCCUCGGGCUGCUCGAUCAGGUCUUCCUGGAGCUGCAAGAGGCAAACUCAUCCGUUCCCAGACACUCAAGACGAGGCGCGCGGCUCUCGAGAGAGACCCAGGCGUUCUUUGAGCGCUUUCACAAGCUCCAGAUUGGCGCUGGCCUCUUGAUGUCCGAGCAAAUCUCCCUCCAUGACCAGGGCCAAAACAUCGUCACCAAGGUCUCCCCGCGGCGCAUUGCCCAACAGGCUGCCGAAGACGCCCGCCAGGCCCUGAUCGAGGAAUUCCCUCACCUCAUUUCCCCACAGACGCCCUCUGUCGUCAUCACCGAAACGAGCCAAAAGUCCCUCAGCAACCUGGUCUAUCUCGAGGAUCAUCUGCGCAGGAUCCUCUUUGAGAUCUUCAAGAACUCGCUGCUGGCCACCGCCCGCCACCAACGCCCAAGCACCGCCGCUGCCGCUCCUCUGCCGCCUCUCCGGCUUACCAUUGCCGAGGGCAAAGAGGACAUUACCUUCAAGCUUUCUGACGAGGGUGGCGGCAUCCCCUUUGCAUCUCUGGACCGCAUCUGGGACUGCACACAACCCUCGACCCACCCUGGCCCGUCUUUGGACUACCUGCAGGCCCGCGGCCGUUGCGCUGUGCCCAUGCUCGGCUUGCGCCAUGGCCUGGCCCUCUCGCGCAUCAUCGCUCGCUAUUUCGGCGGCGACCUGCAGGUCGUUUCCAUGGACGGCUACGGAACCGACACCUAUCUGUACUUGCUGAAGAAAGAUUCCCAGCCAGAGGCGCUCGAGCCCACCGUCCAAGAGUCGCUCAAGUCCGAUCUCUUCCCGUUCCCAAACCAAGUGGUGCCUGUCCCGCAGUACGCACGGCCUGCCAAGCCUGCCCCAGUAGCAGAGGAUGCCUACACCAAGACCGGCUGGCUCCUGGACUACCUCAACUCGGCCGGCAUCAGUUUGGACCACAGCCUCACGGAGCCGCUGUGAGCCCAAAGUACUUGAGCUGCUUCAGCGACAUGAUGACUUUGGUUCCAAGCGCGAUACCGAUGAUUUGACGACAACGAAUGUGUGCUCAGCGCGACGGCCGCUGCGAACGUGUUGCUGCUUUCUUGGU